UCUGUGUGCAUUUGGAAACUUACUUGAAUAUAGACAAUCUAGCAUAUGCUCAGUUUAGCUGGAGUGUGUAAAUGCGAGUUGUUUUUAUUGCAUCUCCUUCACUUGAAGCGCAUGCUUGCUCCCUGCAUUCCUUAUGAGACAGACUUUAAAUGUGUCAUUAUUUAGAGAAGAGCGUGACCUCUCCCAAAAACUAAAACGCCAGACUAAAUCUGUUUUGCAUGAAGACGAAAGAGUCACUUCCUUCCCCUGGCUUUCUCAAGCACAACCACAGAGCUGCUCUCCGAUUGGCCGGUGGGACAGCCAGAGCUGCUCUCUGAUUGGCCGGUUGGACAGACAGACACUCAGAGCCACACAGAUUGAGUUCAGAGAGUUUAACAGAGGAGUUUGUGUGUAUGUGUCUUCAUGGAGGAGUUUCUUGGCUUGUUUUCGGCCGGCUCUAGUUUCUGUAGUGGAAGAAACGGAUGACUACGCAGAGAUCAUAGAUGAGGAAGACACCUACACCAUGCCCUCGACCGAAUGCUAUGGAUUAGACGCAGCUCAGGACUAUGAGAUCCAGCGGGACAGAAUCGAGCUGGGACGGUGUAUCGGCGAGGGACAGUUCGGUGACGUCCACCAAGGGGUUUACAUCAGUCCGGAGAAUCCAUCAUUAUCGGUGGCCAUAAAGACAUGUAAGAACUGCACUUCUGACAGCGUGCGUGAGAAGUUUCUACAGGAAGCUCUGACAAUGCGGCAGUUCGACCAUCCGCACAUUGUGAAGUUGAUCGGGAUAAUCACGGAAAAUCCCGUCUGGAUCAUCAUGGAGUUGUGUACGCUUGGAGAGUUGAGGUCGUUCUUGCAAGUAAGGAAGUACAACCUGGACCUGUCCACGCUGAUCCUGUUCUCCUACCAGCUGAGCACAGCGCUGGCGUACCUGGAGAGCAAACGCUUCGUGCACCGGGACAUCGCUGCCAGGAACGUGCUGGUGUCGUCCACGGAUUGCGUGAAACUCGGUGACUUUGGUCUCUCCCGAUACAUGGAGGACAGUUCCUAUUACAAAGCUUCUAAAGGGAAACUGCCGAUCAAAUGGAUGGCUCCAGAAUCCAUAAACUUCCGGCGGUUCACGUCAGCCAGCGACGUCUGGAUGUUUGGUGUGUGUAUGUGGGAAAUCCUCAUGUUCGGCAUCAAGCCCUUCCAGGGUGUGAAGAAUAACGACGUGAUUGGGCGGAUCGAGAACGGCGAGAGGUUAGCGAUGCCGCAGAACUGCCCCCCGACCCUCUACAGCCUCAUGACCAAGUGCUGGGCAUACGACCCCAGCAAACGCCCGCGCUUCACCGAACUCAAGACUCAGCUCAGCACGAUCCUGGAUGAGGAGAAGGCCCAACAGGAGGAGCGCUUCCGCAUGGAGAUGAGGAGACAGGUCACCGUGUCCUGGGACACUGGCAAUUCAGACGAGGCUCCUCCGAAGCCCAGCCGACCUGGAUACCCGAGUCCUCGAUCCAGUGAUGGAUAUUUCCCUAGUCCUCAACACGCUGGUCAGCUCAAUCACUACCAGGGGUCUGGAUAUCCCAGUGCACUCGUGCCCGGAGCAGGAUUCCCCCCACAAGCCUCGGUCCUCGACCCACACGAGACCUGGAACCAUCCCGUGUGGUCUCCGAACAUGGAGGAUGGGGCGGCUCUGGGCCGGACUCAGGUGAUGCCCGUCACACACCUGAUGGAGGAGACACUGAUGAAGCAGCAGCAGCAGAUGGAGGAGGACCAGAGGUGGCUGGAGCACGAGGAGAGCUUCUUGAAGCCGGAGUCGAGGAACUCGAGGGGCAGUAUCGACCGGGAGGACGGCGCUCUCCAGACCCCGAUGGGGAAGCAACACGUUUACCAGCCGGUUGGGAAAGCAGAUCACGUGGCUCCCCCGAAGAAACCGCCCCGUCCCGGCGCGCCGAGUCACCUGACCAACCUGACCCCGGUGGACAGUUACAACGAGGGCGUCAAGCCCUGGAGGAUCCAGCCUCAGGAGAUCAGUCCUCCUCCCACAGCAAACCUGGACCGCUCGAACGAUAAGGUGUACGAGAACGUGACGGGUCUGGUGAAGGCCGUGAUCGAGAUGUCCAGCCGGAUCCAGCCGGCGCCCCCGGAGGAGUACGUGCCCAUGGUGAAGGAUGUCGGACUGGCGCUCAGGACGUUACUCGCGACGGUGGACGAGACCAUCCCGGUGUUACCGGCCAGCACACACAGAGAGAUCGAGAUGGCCCAGAAGCUGCUGAACUCUGACCUGGCUGAGCUGAUCAGUAAGAUGCGUCUGGCGCAACAGUAUGUGUUGACCAGUCUACAGCAAGACUACAAGAAGCAGAUGCUAACCGCGGCUCACGCGCUAGCCGUCGACGCCAAGAACCUGCUGGACGUCAUCGACCAGGCGCGGCUGAAGAUGCUGGCGCUCAACAGGCCGCUCUAGUUCCUCCACAUGACCGGAUCAUCCGAGGAACACGGCUUUAAACCUUACGAGACUGAAGCUACAGAAACAUUUUUACAGGAGAGGAUUUGCAGAACAUAUUUUUGUUUUAUAACCGUUAGAAGCGUCAAGUUCGUUUUAUUUUGUAUCCAGAAAUGAAGUCGGUCUUACUCAAAACCUGCAACUGGAACUCUCCAAUAAUCCAAAGGCUUAUCAACACACUGUUUUGCAUAGAGAGCCUAAGCCCCUCCCCUUCCGGUCGACCAUAGGACCACAACAAAUACGAGAGACAACAAAUAUUGUGAUCUCAGACGUCAGUCGAGGGCUCAGAAACUCAGGGCUUCGUGUGCAAAACUCACCGUGACUCUAAAGCCAAACCACAGUCGUAUUUUUUUAAUGAAACUGCUCAACUUAAGAAGGAAAACCAAGGCGCCCUGACGUGAGCGUAACACAUCACGUCCGGGACAGAAGCCAAUAUAUUAGUCACAUAUCAGUCACUUGAAGCACAUUAUGGUAAAUUGAUAUAAUCAAAGCUGCCUUCUGAUUUCAUUUCCAAGAACUUUUAUUCUGUAAAAUCAUGUUAUUUUUUACCACAGACACACUAGGGUUGAAGCGACCCCGUUGAGUUUGGACUUUUGUGUACAGAACAAUCGUGAAAUCCAUGUUGUCAUUGGUAUAAAUUAUUCUCAGGAAGAAGCAACUGUACAGAUCUUUUAACUAAUAAAAUGUUAUCGAUAUCUUUAGCUGUAGGUGUCUUGGUCUCAUCUCUGCUCGACUCGUAUUCCUUUUCAUUUCACUCUUUUGGCUGCAUAAUUAAAGUAACUGGUAAUGAUAGGGUUUUAAAAUUAUUCCAUUAUAGUUGAAUUUUACUCUAUGAAAAUGAACAAUUUGAGCCAUGUUUGGAAAGGAAAACGAU